AUGGAUCCCGACGUGGUGGAGAUCGCUUCUCCUUCGACUGCUUCGGGUUCAAGAACUUGGAAAAACACAAAGGCUGCAACUACUCCUGAAGUAAUUGAUGUGGAAGAAUACGAAUUCCGCAAUGGUGGUUUUCUUAAAAACAACAAUAACAAUGUUGUCGAUAAGAAGAACAAAGGAAAGGCUAUACAAUAUGAUGAUCAUCAUAACUCAUUUAGUCAUCAUCUAGCUAAUGGAGCUGUGCCGAUGGAUCUUGAAGACUACGCAAUGUUUCAAGCCAUGUUAAAUUCUCAGGAUAUUCCAACUGAUGUAGAAGUAGUGAUGACUCCUGAUGUAGUGAUGGUUCCAUCUCCUCCUCCUUCGAGACCUUAUAAAUUUGAUAAUGCUGAUGCUAGCUCUUCUUCUCGCCCUCUAGUGGCUCCUGAGGUUGUUUCUUCAGCUCAGGCUAAGUUUCUCCGGGACUUUAAAAGAUUUCACACUGUUGAUGACUUCUCGGAUCAUCACUAUGCUUCCCAGAGUAAUGCUUCAAAGCAGCACGCAAAGGAUUGGGCGAAAAGGGUUCAAUCAGAUUGGAAGAUUCUUGAGAAUGAUUUGCCAGAAACUAUAUUUGUCCGAGCAUGUGAAUCAAGAAUGGAUCUAUUGAGAGCUGUAAUUAUUGGAGCCGAGGGAACUCCUUACCAUGACGGUCUUUUCUUUUUCGACAUUAAGUUCUCGGAUACAUAUCCUUUCGCACCACCGGAAGUUCAUUACCAUGCCGGUGGGCUUAGUAUCAACCCGAAUCUAUAUGAAUGUGGUCACGUAUGCUUAAGUCUUCUCGGUACCUGGGAUGGUGACGCGAGGGAGAGUUGGAUCCCAAACGAGUCCACAAUCUUACAGCUUCUUGUCUCAAUCCAAGCACUCAUCUUGAAUCAAAAACCAUACUUUAACGAACCUGGCUACGAGACGACAGAGGGGACUCAAGAAGGGGAGGCUCAGUCUGAAACUUACAGUGAGGAAGUAUUCAUAUCAUCGUUAAAGACGAUGGUUUAUAGUAUGAGAAAACCACUUGAGCACUUUGAAGAGUUUGUUCGUAGCCAUUACUUCGUGCGGGCUCACGACAUUGUGAAGUCGUGUAAUGCUUAUAAAGAUGGGGCACCUGUUGGAUGGAUGGUUCAAGAAACUAGCAAGAGCGGCUCCAAGAGGUUUAGAGUCGAUUUAGGAUGUUAUAUGAAGACAGUGGUGGAUGAAUUCGUUAAAUUAGGAGUCAAGGAGCUUUAAGAAACCAUUGGCUAAGAGAAAUGUU